UUCUUAGAACACUCUUUCUGAGUGUGAGAGAGGAGAGAGAGAGAGAGAGACACCCGUGGUGAUGUGAUUUGACUAAACAAACAGCCAGGCUCACUGCAGUACCUCCUCCAACGGACUCCUGGGACAGGAGAGAUUAACCUCAGAGUGAACAUCAGAGGGAUCUAUACAUUUGAAGCAGCAGCCCCUGUAGAGACAUCUCACUGGAAGUCUCUCCAAUUUCCUUCUGCUGGCCGGCAACCUUCUUGGUCAAAGAGGAAAGAUUCUUCUGCGCUUCUGGGGUUCGUCUGAAGAACAAAGUGACUUGAAGGCCUCCGUGAUGAGGAAGGUGACAGCAUCCCCGCUCCACCUGUCAGUCACAUUUACAGCUCUGCUGUGUUUCUGCACUGAGCUGCGCUGCCUGGAGAUCACGCCCGGUGACAAAGAGUUUGUUCUGGCCGAGGGCUCCUCUCUUACCCUUACCUGCAGCGGCUCAGGGGAGACCACGUGGAAGUUUAAGAUGGACGACGUGCCGUACUUUCAGCUGGAACCAUCUAAACUGGGUCACCAGAGUUACGAGAUCGUGCAAAGCGGAGCCACAUCCAGCGUUCUGACGUUGUUCAAUGUGAGCUGGAAGCACACGGGCGUGUAUCAGUGCAUUGAUCAGCGCACUCGAGACACAGAGGAGGUGGCUGUGUUUGUCCCAGAUCCUGACGUGUGGUUCAUAGAGAGCUCUCACGGCAUGGUAACAAAGACCAGUGAAGAAAGCACCAUCCCCUGUGUGGUCACCAAUCCAAAAAUCACUGUCACCUUGCACGAGAGGGACACUGACAUACCCGUAAGUGGGGUGUAUGUUCCUAGUGAGGGCUACAAGGCGGCGGUGGAGGACAGGAAUUACGUGUGUCGGGGAGAGCUGAACGAGGAAGUGCGAGAGUCUCAGGCCUUCUAUGUCUUCAGCAUUGUGGUCCCAGAGGCCAUUGACGCCUACAUCAAUGCCUCGAAGACGGUCCUGAAGCAGGGUGAACCACUGACAGUAAACUGCACAGUGCACGGAGUGGAGCUGGUGAAUUUUUCUUGGGAUAUUCCCAAUAGAGGGCUUGACUUCUAUGAGCCACUGACUGAUGUCCUGUCCCCCACGAGCAUGCGCUCCUGCCUGGUCUUCUCCCAGGCCACGGUGGACCACAGUGGAAAAUAUGUCUGCCACGUCCAUGAGGGCAUACAAGACCAGAGCGCCUCUGCCAGCGUCAACAUCACUGUGCUUGAAAACGGCUUUGUGGACAUCAAACCGCCUCAGCAACGAAACAUUUCAGUCAAGCUACAAGAGAACGUGGAGCUGAGAGUGGCGAUGGAGGCGUACCCUCCCCCACAGGUUUACUGGACCAAGGAUGGCGCCACCAUCAAGGGAGACAAAAUCAUCAACACGAGACAAGAGCAUGAAAUAAGGACCUAUGAUAGGGCGACAGCCUCCACAGCCCUUUUCUCCCAGGUGGCAGUGUUGGCUGCUGUUUUAGCCUUAGUGGUCAUUGUUAUCAUGUCUUUCAUCAUCCUCAUUGCAAUCUGGAGGAAGAAACCUCGCUAUGAGAUCAGAUGGAAGGUGAUAGAAUCUGUGAGCCAGGAUGGACAUGAGUAUAUCUACGUGGACCCCAUCCACCUGCCCUAUGACCUGGCUUGGGAAAUGCGUCGUGACCACCUAGUGCUGGGUCGCACUCUUGGAUCAGGAGCGUUUGGCAGGGUGGUCGAGGCAACUGCAUAUGGUCUCACGCAUUCGCAGUCCAGCACAAAGGUGGCAGUGAAAAUGCUGAAAUCUACAGCCAGAAGGAGUGAAACUCAGGCCCUGAUGUCAGAGUUAAAGAUCAUGAGUCAUCUGGGUCCUCACCUCAACAUCGUAAACUUGCUAGGGGCUUGCACCAAACAUGACCUGGUGGACUACCUGCACAGGAACAAGCACACGUUCCUGCAGUACUAUGCUGAGAAAAACCAGGACUACAGCUGUCUCAUCUCCAGAGGAAGCACCCCUCUCAGCCAGAGGAAAGGCUAUGUGUCUUUCGGAAGUGAGAGUGAUGGAGGAUACAUGGACAUGAGCAAAGAUGAGCCCUCAGUCUACGUUCCCAUGCAAGAGCAGAUAGAUUCCAUCAAAUAUGCAGAUAUCCAGCCUUCUCCGUACGAGGCUCUCUACCAACACGGCUUCUACCAGGAACAAGGAGUCAACAGAUUAGACCUGGUGAUCAGCGACUCUCCCAGUCUCACCUACGAAGAUCUUUUAGGAUUCAGCUACCAAGUGGCAAAGGGGAUGGAGUUCCUUGCCUCUAAGAACUGUGUCCAUCGUGACCUGGCUGCCAGGAACGUCCUGAUCUGUGAGGGCAAGCUGGUGAAGAUUUGUGAUUUCGGCCUGGCCAGAGACAUCAUGCAUGACUCCAACUACAUCUCUAAAGGCAACACUUUCCUUCCCUUGAAGUGGAUGGCACCUGAAAGCAUUUUCCAUAAUUUGUAUACCACCCUAAGCGAUGUGUGGUCAUAUGGCAUUCUUCUUUGGGAGAUUUUCACACUGGGAGGGACCCCCUACCCUGAUUUGCCCAUGAAUGAAUUAUUCUACAGUGCUUUGAAGAGAGGCUACCGAAUGGCCAAACCCACCCAUGCCUCUGAUGAAGUUUAUGAGAUUAUGAAGAAAUGCUGGGAUGAAAAGUAUGAGAAAAGGCCCGAGUUCUCAUUUCUGGUCCACAGCGUGGGGAAUAUGCUGACGGACAGCUAUAAAAAGAGAUACAACCAAGCCAAUGAAAACUUCACGAAGAGUGACCACCCGGCAGUCGCCCGCACCAAACCUCGGCUGACCUCACCCUUUCCAAUCGCCAACCCAGCAUUUGGCACCCCAUCUCCUGUCACACUCCAGUCUCCACUGGAUGCCUACAACCAAAACUCAAGGCCUAGACAAGACUUCAGACAAGAGGCACAGGAAGUCAUACCGUCAUACAACGAGUACAUCAUUCCCAUUCCGGACCCGAAGCCAGAAGACGCUUUCACUGACGUGCCAUCAGAAAGUCCUGGAAGCUCUGUGGGUGUGGGUGAGGAGACCGACUCCAUAUCUCAGGACACUGCUGACACCCUUCCAGAGGAGGACCGGCUGGAAGAGACCAGCGAGAGAGACGCUCUGUUGGGCUCCUCCGGGACACCCGAGGUAGAAGACAGCUUCCUGUAGCCAGAUUUAGGAGCCCAGAGAAAACAGAUUUCCUUUCUGGGGCUGAAAAGGGAACGUGAAUAAACUAAAAUGUAGCAAAGUAGAGACUGAGAUGGAAAUCUCUGUAUUUUCACUAAGCACACAGAAAGUUUCUUCUUUUGUUUUUUAACUACAAGUAAACUACAAAAUUGUCUUCUGUCAUUCGGUUGUACGUAUUAGGAAACUUGCUACAAAUUAAUGCGGUACCCUCCUCACAAUUUACACUUCGUUUACAACGUGUAGUGAGGCUUAUGAGGCCUUAUUAAAUAAGUGCUUUAUCUUUUAGAUAACUAAUCAACAACUGUUCCCCAUAUUCACUGUUCAAAAGUAGGCUGCAUUUCCUUUUUUUAAAAAGUACGAAAUCAUUGACACAAUAUUGUGAGAAAACCUCGAAUCCAUUUUUCUGUGUAGAUUUUGUCCACGUCACAACAGGCUUAAAUGGCUGAUUGAAGGCAACUAGACUUCUAUUUAGGUUUCUGAAGACAUUUCACCUCUCAUCUGAAAGGCUCCUUGGAGGUAGUCCCAAGAGUUGCUCACCCACCCUGUUAUCAUGUGAGUUCUUAGGAUCACCAGACCCAAGGCAUGGAUCAAAGUGUGAGUUUCACCCAUGUUUCCCUAAUGACUCACAUGAUGAGGACCACCUACAGGUGACAACCAGGCUAGAGGUUAAAGACCUACUAACCCACAUCAGUGUUUUUAGAGCUAAAGAGGCUUUUCAGGUAAGAGGUUAAACAUCCUCAAGAACCUGAAAAGAAGCUAAUUUUCCUGUAAAUGACAAGUUGCAGAACAUUUUGUCCUAAAGCAUGAUCAGAUGUGAAAUGGCGAUAUAUAAAUGAAAACCUUACCUUGGGUACAGUCAAGAGGACUAAUCGUAGUAGAUACAAACAGGUUCCACAUGCACUGUUUUAAUGUGAGAUAUACUUUAUUUUUUAGUUUAAUAUGCCACAGCGUCUGUGUUUUUAUUUGUGUAUUUUGAAUAUUAUCUUGUAUGUGAUGUGUGUGUAUGAAAACUUUUGGGAGUUUUUUUUUUUGUCCUGUAUGCUUAACUCAUAGUUCUGUGCCAGAUUUGCACUUUAUGUAGAAAAUGUGGAUAUUCAUAACAAAAAAAUAAUUUCAAUUAUGUGAAAGUUACAUUGCAGCAACUCGGGAUCUAAUGUUAGAGUGAUUAUGAUAUGCAGUUUCUGUGACUCUCAAGUGAAAAAAAUAAAUACAGCAUAUCACUGCCUUAGCACAAGAUGGCACAGAUGAGUGCCUUUGUAUAGACUGAUUGUUGUCUUGGGCUGUUGUUGCUUGUAUAUGAAGGGCUGCUGCUCAAGAAAUAGAUAGCCAUACAAUAUGUACACAUGAAAAAAAAUCUAAAAAAAAAAAAAAUACCUGUAGUCUUCUGUUGCUUUGGAUAACACUGACUGUGUUUCAACGUAAUUCACCACUUAAAGGAAGAACACGUCUUUAUUUCCUGUAGCCUUUCUUACUCUUUGUAAAAUGCACAAGAUCACUGUUAUCACAAGCUAUGGUACCAAAGCUCUUCUUAACGUUUACAAAUGUAUUUUUUAUAUGUGUCAUUUUCUAUGUUGUAAAUGUGACAAUAAAGUGUAUAAUCGUAGUA